AUGCUGGUGGCCAGCUCAACGCGACAGAUGAACCCAUACCUUGAACGUGCGCUUUCCAUCAUCUCAUUUCAAUCCUCUUCGACCAUCGACCAUUCCUACAAGACUCAUCUAUCUCGCUCAAAAACCAAGACAAUGAAAAAGCUGGAUGCUGCUGAUAAGAUCGCAGCGAAGCGCUCCGGGCUAAUCAUCGAUAAUGCGUCAAGGAGCAGCGUUGACGACUUCCUUCGCGAGCCAUCAGCAUACGAGCUUGCAAUUUCCUCCCAGCUGACAGCUGCCGAACGAGUCAGCGAGAUUAUCGAAGACCUCAAACGACAGACAACCGAAGAGAUCGACAAUUGGUCCUGGAGUCUUAACUUGGAUUACGAUCCGCUGGAAGAACUGAAAGCCAGCCCUAGCACUAGUAUGUCGACCAGUGGACAAUCAGGCGAAGCACUAUUCCACGAUGGCCAUAUGGUUAGCUCUCCUAUUUCGUUGUUGCAAACUCCUGUUACAGUACCUAACAUGGCUUCAGUGUUCAAGACUCCUGCCACAAGCGAAAAAAGAACAAAGCGCGGAAACGUGCACACUCGAGCACAAUCUAGCACCCCUGAGACACCGAAGGAUCCAUUCACACUUUCAAAUAAACCUUCCUUUCAAUCCUUCUUGAGCAGGGUCGCGAAGACGCCGCCACCACCACCACCAGUGACCCGAGACUUUGCAUACCCUCAGUCACCCAGUGUUUCCGUGCUACCAGAACACUCGAAGAAGGCCGAAACUGUAACGCAGGCAGCGGUCGAACCUUUGAGAACGACACGUGGUGUCAAGCCAUUGAGACAGAAUUACUCAAAGCUGAUACGAUCACGAACAGCGGUUGCACUUCCUAAGUCCGACCUCGCAGCAGUUGAUAAUUCACAAUCCCAUCGCGUGGUAGAGACCAAGGAGCCCGUGCCUGCAACCCGAGCAGGAACACGGAGGAGUCUGCCUCGCUCAAUUUCGACCCCUUUGUUACGGGCAACGGAAUCCAGCAAUCAAAACCCAAGCACAAAGCGUAAGCCAUUACCCAAAGACAGUCCCCUGUUUGUCCCUCUCGCGGAGCAUCCCGCUUUUGCAAACCUCCAGCCAAAGAGGAAAGGAACAAAGAUCACACCUUCAGAAAUAAAGAUAAAAGGUACCAGAAAAGCUGUGUAUGACGAGGACGAGCUCGAUAAGUUGGACGUUCUACUGCCACUACCCCCGUCGCCGUCGUCAUCAAGACUGUGA